GCUGCCGUCGGUGGGCACGCAGGCCGGAGAUCCCGCCGUCACCAUGGGCCGUCGCCCCGCUCGCUGUUACCGGUACUGUAAGAACAAGCCGUACCCCAAGUCUCGCUUCUGCCGGGGGGUCCCCGAUGCGAAGAUCCGCAUCUUUGACCUGGGUCGGAAGAAGGCGAAGGUGGACGAGUUCCCGCUCUGUGGCCACAUGGUGUCCGACGAGUACGAGCAGCUCUCCUCGGAAGCCCUGGAGGCCGCCCGCAUCUGCGCCAACAAGUACAUGGUGAAGAGCUGCGGCAAGGACGGCUUCCACAUCCGAGUGCGGCUGCACCCCUUCCACGUCAUCCGCAUCAACAAGAUGCUGUCCUGCGCGGGCGCCGACAGGCUCCAGACCGGCAUGCGAGGGGCCUUUGGGAAGCCUCAAGGCACCGUGGCGAGGGUCCACAUCGGCCAGGUCAUCAUGUCCAUCCGCACCAAGCUGCAGAACAAGGAGCACGUGAUCGAGGCCCUCCGCAGGGCCAAGUUCAAGUUCCCCGGCCGCCAGAAGAUCCACAUCUCCAAGAAGUGGGGCUUCACCAAGUUCAACGCAGAUGAAUUUGAAGACAAAGUGGCGGCCAGGCGUCUCAUCCCAGACGGCUGCGGGGUCAAGUACAUCCCCGAACGUGGCCCCCUGGACAAGUGGCGGGCCCUGCAUUCCUGAGGGCUCUGCUGGAAGAGAAGAAGUAUUAAUGACGGUUAUAGUUUGAAAAUGUUAAUUACGUUUGUAGACUAGAGAAUGUUAAGUUGCGUAUUAUAGAACAUUACGAUGGGAAGUACCUGCCUUAAAGAAAAAGAAAACUGCAGUUUGUGCAGAGAGCAUGUUCUAUUUUGACCCGUGUACUUUAAAUUUUCAAGAGGAUACUGCAGUAUAGCAGACAUUUAGUGAAGGCAUAAACGACACUCUUUCUUGGAUUAAGAAUGUCUGGAGUUGGAAGAUGUGUGUGAAAAGCCUUGUUCAUAGAAAAUAAACAUGAAAAUUA